UAUACCAAAACCUAAACCCGGAGCUUCAACUAACUGCCACAGGUCUGUCUAUGCGGAAAACACAAUCAUGCUUCUGUCAUGAUCACAUCAAGAGACCCAUGAACGCCUUCAUGGUGUGGUCCAGAGGCCAGAGGAGGAAGAUGGCCCAGGAAAACCCCAAGAUGCACAACUCGGAAAUCAGCAAGAGACUCGGCGCAGAGUGGAAGCUGCUCACCGAUUGCGAGAAACGUCCGUACAUCGACGAGGCCAAGAGGCUGCGGGCUCAGCACAUGAAGGAGCAUCCGGACUAUAAGUACAGACCCCGGCGCAAACCCAAGAGCCUCCUGAAGAGGGACCGUUUUUUAUUCCCGCUGCCCUCUUUGCUCGGGGAGGCAGCGGAGCACCUGAGGGGAUUUUCCAUGGACUCCUUCCUCGUCCCCGGGGAGAAAGCCAGGGCUCUCUUCGCUCCCGCCUCCUCCGCGUCGUCGUCCUUCUCUCUGCUGGAGCCGGUGGCGCAGUUCAGCACCGGAGCUGUCCAGCGGGCGGCGGACAUGCCGCACACACUGGCCGCGGCCGCUCUGCCCUACAGCGCGCACACCUUCGGGUACCAGACUGGCGGGAUUGGGGGUCCGGCGUGCCCCGGACAGCACGGCCACCCGUCGCCCUCCAGCCCGGGAUACGUGCUGCCGUGUAACUGUAGCGCGUGGUCUGCGGCCAGUUUACAUCCUCAGGUGGCUUAUAUUCUCUUCCCCGGAGGGAUGAGCAAGAGCGGCAUGGACUCGUUCACUUCCCCCAGCUCCGGCGUGCAGACUGGAUAGGAAGACGCGCGGUCGCACUGGGGUCUGCGCACCGGACCCUUCCACUGUAAUAUGACAAAUGAAAAAGAACUGGUCCACAACACAUGUUUCCGUCCCACAAAUAUAACAGCUAAACUCUAUUUUAUUCAACAUGCCAUUGGAAUAUUAUAGUGUUUCCUCAGAAAUUAAAAAAAUACAUUUAAAAAUGCCAUCAAUUGCUGCGUUAUUAGUCCAAUGCCGGGGACCAGAGACGCACUACAAGGCCCUAUCUCACUCCGUAUUCCAUGUUAAUAUUAAUUGAUAUAAUAAAUUCAACCCCGCUUUAAACAAAUUGCACCAGGCCCACGCAUAACUGCUGACUUUUUUGUAUCCACAUACUGAACAAGGAUCCCUGCAAGAGCCAAAGUGUGUGGCAGGUUUAUCUCUCCAAGGGACAGUAAGUUCAAUAUUGCAUUUUUGAUUCUCACACACUGUUACAUUUGGACAGUAACACCUAUGUCAGUCAGUAGAGAGGCCUGUCUGUAGUUUGCAGACUUCAUUAGUUUUGUUUUGGUGAAAAAGUUCGUUUCAAAAAAGACUUUUUUUUCCUGAUGAACAUGUUUUCAACAAAAUUUCACAAAGAAACUUUGCAGCUACAUUAGAAAGUCCGUUGCUAUUGAAUAUUACAUUAAAAGUUGGACAUUUUAUUGAUAUUACUGUCUGUAUUUGGUAUUUGAGAUAAUCCAGAUCAAUAAUUUUUUUACAGUCACCGGGAUGUAAUUUUAUGUCGGGUAUCAAUAAAGAUAAUCUGAGGGAA